ACGCAGGUGCCGGCCGGAGCCGAGCGAGCGCCGCUGACGGGCCGGGCCGGGCCGGGACACGGGCCAGGGAGAACGGAGGGGCCUGCGCGGCCGCCCGGCCCGGCCGCGGAUCAGGCUCCUGGGACCAUGGGCCUCAGGCCCUGAGGACGCGGGGCUGCCUGUGGCCAUGACGACAGGAGACUGCUGUCACCUCCCGGGCUCCCUGUGUGACUGCUCUGGCAGCUCCGCCUUCUCCAAGGUCGUGGAGGCCACGGGCCUCGGGCCACCCCAGUACGUGGCGCAGGUGACCUCAAAGGAUGGCCGGCUCCUCUCGACCAUCAUCCGGGCCUUGGAUGCGCCAAGCGACUGUCCCUUCUGCCGGAUCUGCCACGAGGGGGCGAAUGGGGAGAGCCUGUUGUCUCCGUGCGGCUGCACUGGCACGCUGGGCGCCGUGCACAAGAGCUGCCUGGAGAAGUGGCUUUCCUCGUCCAACACCAGCUACUGCGAGCUGUGCCACACGGAAUUUGCAGUAGAGAAGCGGCCCCGGCCCCUCACAGAGUGGCUGAAGGACCCAGGACCACGGACAGAGAAGCGGACGCUGUGCUGCGACAUGGUGUGCUUCCUGUUCAUCACGCCGCUGGCCGCCAUCUCAGGCUGGCUCUGCCUGCGCGGGGCCCAGGACCAUCUCCGGCUGCACAGCCGGCUGGAGGCCGUGGGGCUCAUCGCCCUCACCAUCGCCCUCUUCACCAUCUACGUCCUCUGGACCCUGGUCUCCUUCCGCUACCACUGCCAGCUCUACUCCGAGUGGAGAAGGACCCACCAGCACGUGCGCUUGAAGAUACGGGACGCAGAUGGCCCCGAGGGCUCUCAGCAUUCGGCGCUGGCAGCCGGACUCCUGAAGAAGGUGGCAGAGGAGACGCCCGUGUGAGCGUCGGGCUGGCGGGAGCCCUACUGCUGCCGAGGGGCUGGGGCGACCAGCCAUGCCCUGGCGCCUGGGAGGACGGAGACUGCCUGACCCUUCCCCGACGGCCAGAAUGCUUCUUAGGCCACCAGACGCCCAGCGGAGCCUCUUCUGUGAUCCUGUGUGAAUAUAUUUGCAGGUCUUUCUUUUUUCUUUUUCAUUUUUUUUUUUUUUUUGCAUAUUGUCAUACACGACUAGGACAAAUGGAUGUGCUCCUGAGCUGUGCACAGAACAAGCACCCUGAUCUCAUUCCUUGGCCCACUGGGUGUCUGCUGGGCCAGCAGCUGUGGCCGGUGGUGUCAAGGGUGCCCUUUGUGGCUGGAAGGUUCUGACAAGCUCCUUGCAUUCCCCAUGCACCUGGCAGGCUCGCUUUGCUGGCACCUUCAACUUUAAAAAAGUUGCACUGCGUUUCAGAAACCCACCCCCAGAACGAAUAAAAGGAGCCCUUGCUGGGCAAAAUGGA